CUGAUGUUGUAGUAGUAGUGGUUCUCCCCCUCCGCCGUAUUGGUUGAUUAGUUUGGAUUACCGGCACAAGUGUGAAAUUGAAAUUUCCCCUUUUUAAUCUCAGCCCAGGUUGAGCGGAGUAAUUCGUCGAACUCGCGUCGCGUCCGGAACGUCAUCGUCUUUAUCGUCUUUUGUUUGUUCGCUCGCUCUCAACGCGUACCUGGUGUAACACGAAAUAAAAGAAUAACUAUACAGGGUGGAAAAAAAGCCCGCGGGAAAUUUCUACGUUUGUACGUUUUCGUCGUAAAAGUAGCGCGGCCGUGUGAAGAGUUCUUGCCCCUUUUUGUGACAGUGUUAAGCUCAAAUCCGUCAAAAUUCGGUCCAAAAAUCCCCUCCCGACGUACUCGUCCCCGAUGGACCUGUGCGAGAUCCAGUACGGUGGUGGCACCACCGUGGUCACCGCGGUCCCUCCGGAGGCCUCCGCCGAUCUGGAAUCGCCGCCGUUGUCGAUCCGCACCGAGGAGGACUCCGCCAGCAGCACUGGUGGUGAAGCCGGUGACGAAGGCGUUAAUGUGGUAGCCGCAGCUGCGAGUUCCACACCGACAACCGAGUUUGACCAGCCAACGUCCCAGAAGAUGACAUCCGGGAUGGAGUUUGGCCGCAGUCCAGAUCAUCACUCAGAGCUAAAUCCCCACGUCGGCGGUCAGUUCGGAGCGGGCACCGGCCAUCACCAUCACCCGCUCGGUGUCCUCGGCAACCUGUCGGCGCUCAACAUGAACGUCCAGAACCUGUCCGGGCUGUCCGGUCUGGCGUCGGCCGUCGGUCUCCAGCACGGGGACGUCCUGGAGAAGCUCAAGAUGCAGGUGCGGGACAUGAAGGUGGGCCUCGGCGGCGGGGAUUCCGCCGGAGCUGACUUUGCGGCCUCGUUGCAUGCAAGCUUCGGUGCAAGUGCAACGGCCGCCCUGCAACAUCAGCAGCAGCAGCUGGCUGCGAGUGGGAUUGGGGGGAUGUUUGGUGGGGAAGGAGGUCACCGAGGGGGGAUUAGUGCACAGGGCGGGGGACAAAGUAACAGUGUAAACAGUGGUGGGGCUAGUGGUGGUGGUGGUGGUGGAAGUGGAAGUGGGGGUGCUACAAGUGGGGGAAGUGUCACGUCGAAUGGAGCGGGAAAUUGGGCGUUGCCGAGCGUGCCACCGGCUGCAAAGGAUGGAAACCCCGGCUCGAAUUCCUCCACCUCGAGCGAGACAUCCAACUCGUCCCAGCAGAACAACAACAAUGGUUGGAGCUUUGAAGAGCAGUUCAAACAAGUCAGACAGCUCUACGAAAUCAACGAUGAUCCCAAGCGGAAAGAGUUCCUCGACGAUCUGUUUCUGUUUAUGCAAAAGAGAGGAACCCCCAUCAACCGCCUCCCCAUCAUGGCCAAGUCGGUGCUGGAUCUGUACGAGCUGUACAACCUGGUGAUUGCCCGCGGCGGCCUCGUCGACGUGAUCAACAAGAAGCUCUGGCAGGAGAUCAUCAAGGGUUUGCAUUUGCCGUCGAGCAUCACCAGUGCGGCGUUCACGCUGCGGACACAGUACAUGAAGUAUCUCUACCCGUACGAGUGCGAGAAGAAGAACCUGAGCACGCCGGCGGAACUGCAGGCCGCGAUCGACGGGAACCGGCGCGAGGGUCGACGCUCCAGCUACGGCCAGUUUGAGUCGCCGUCGGUACAGCGCUCCCCGAUCCCACCCCAGGGCAUCCAGCAAAUGUCCCCACUCUCGCUGGUGACCCACGUGAACCAGCAGCAGCAGCACCACCGUCUGCUGGGCGCUCCCAACGUUGGCCAGAUCCCGAACCUGCUCCCAGCGGAAUUUGAACAGCGCAUGCUCGACUACAUCAAGCUGUUCCAGCCGAAGGAGACCAAACGCGAGCAAAGUCCCGAACAGAUGACGCUGAACGCGCUGGAAAUGUCCCGCGUGGCCCUUUGGAACAUGUACAACAACAACACGAGCCCACCGAACUCGCUGCAGACGGCGAGCCCACCGGAAAUGCAAAGUUUGUUCAAUUACAGGGAAGCGCUGAACCUGGCCGAGAGUCCGCCCCACCACCUGUCGAUCAAGCGCGAGCGGGACAUCCCGAUGGACUUUACCGGCGAUCGCGCCGGCCGAGACUUCCACGCCGGCCUGCCCCCGGCCAAGCGCAGCAACAACAACUCGAUCGCGGCCGUAGCCGUUGCCCAGCUCCAGCAGCAACAUCACCACCAACUAGGCGCACGCUCGCUAACCCCCCAAAAGCUGAACAUGUCCUCGCACGACGAAGACGACGCCCGCUCCGACGGAACACCCAUCAACCUGCGCGGAGGACCCGAAAACGGUACCCUCCGCCAUCACCACGACGAAGACCUUCCCGAGGACGAAGAGGAAGACGACGACGAGGAGAUGACCAUCGCCGACGACGAAGCCCACCACCCGCUAGCCCUGAACCGCAUCACGGAACACGCCGCCGCCGCCCUCGUCGCAGCCCAGCGCGAGCAAGCCGCCCAGAACCAUCUGGCCAGUCUCAACCUGAGUCUGCUGGAGCGGGAACGCUGCGGCAGCGCUGACAAACUCAAACGCCAGCAGGCUCAGCUCCACCUGGAACAACUCCAGCGCGAACAGCUACUGCACCAUCAGCAACAGCAGCAGCAGCAGCAGGCCCUCCAACGCGAACGGGAACGUGAGCUGCAGCAGCGCGAACGGGACAUCCAAAAGGCCAAGGAACUGCAGCAGCAACAGCUUCUUCAGCAACAACAGCAGGAACAGAAUCGUCUGCGAGAGGCGCAGCAGCAGCAGCAACAACAGCAGCAACAGAAUGGGGAUCGGCUAAGUGGGUUGGGUAAUGUGGGAAGCAACAACACCAGCACCAGCAGUGAUCACAGCCAGAAUCGGGCCGGAUCGGCGAAUGGAAGGGCGUUCAGUCCGGGAUCGGCGGGAGGAGCCGGUGGACAGCAGCAGCAGCAGCAGAUGGGCAUUAUGGGCAUGCAGUUUAAGCUGAUCAGUAGAGGUGACGCCACCAAGGGCGACCAGCAGCUGGUCGUGUCGAUGGAGUUCAACGGCGUCCAGUACGAGGGCGUCCUGUUUGCGAAUCCCUCGUCCACCGGAUCUCCGCGCUCCGCGUCCUCACCGCAGGCCAACGCUUCCAGCAACGCCAACAACACCAGCACCAGCAGCAGCAGCAGCAGCAGUAAUCCACGCAUCCGGGCGACCAGUUCACCGUCGACGGCCGGAGGGCUCCUGCUGACCACGGCACCCUCGGCGGACGCGCUCGCAGGUUCCCCGGCCGGAAGCUUGAGCAGCAACAGCUCGACGUCGGCGGCGGCCUCCCCCGUCGGCUCUUCGUCGCUCAUUUCGCCCGCCAAAAGUUCGUCGCUCGAUGAGCCGAUGGUCGGUGGGGCCGGACUGACGCCGGUGGUGGUCGCGCCGCGGCCCAUCGUUUCCUAGAGUUCUUUUUAUUAAGGUUAGUUCCGCUUCUUGAUUUUUGCUAAAGUAGCAAAAUUCUCUCGCAAUCCAGAUACAUAAUUUUUACUUUUUGAGCUCUCGAAUGUUGCAUUUUAUUUGAAUAUUAUUUGCUCUCGCGCUAGAAACAAAAAUUAUACAUUAAAAACUACAAAUAUAAUACAUUGUAGGCGAUCUAUGUUUAGUCUAAAUUUUAACGAAUCGUAUGAAAAGCAAAAAGGGAAUUUUAUCAGUGUACGGCACGUCUUGAGAGCAACUUUCAUGCAAGUCGCUUGCUCGGAUGAAGCUGAAGGUGGCGUGCUACGAAUUUAGUCGAGGCGCGCAGCUCCGGUUUGUGUCUUCGAUGGUGCGUACACUGUUAAUGGAAACGAAUCACUUUUGAACCAAAAAUUAAUUUUAAAUCUUUUUUUCACAAAAGCUAAUUGAAAUGCAAGGAAAUUAUGCAAAUCGGGAAAAUUUUAGCAACUGACAUAUUUUUGUUGUACAUGUGGUGAAGUAAGGAAAAGCAGGUUAAGUUGAAGUAAAAUUAGUUAAGGGAUGUUUUUCAGUAGAGAAAGAUGUGAUUACUGGUUAGAUUUUAGGCGAGACUGUGGGCACGAGCAACGAAUUUUCCUUCCCCCUGCCCCCUGUUCAAUAUUUUCUGUAUGGAUGAGAAAAUAAAAAUAAAGCGCUUCACAUAUCCUAGCGGGCAACAAUGUGUAAAUAUACUAUUGUCUCAGAGCAUUAACUAUCCUAAUCCUACUUAGUGAAGCAAAUCGAAACGAGGAGGAAAUCGAUCAAAACUCGCUUUUUACAUUGUGUAACCGUAAGUUAUUCUAUUAUUUUCCCCUUAGUUUUUACCCAACUUGAGCGAUUUUACUUAGGCCCUCUUUAGCGUGUAGGCGUGCAAAUCGCAACAAAUUAGUGCAAAAUGUUUUUUUUAUUACUAUUAUUAUUAUUACUGUUAUCACAAGACGGUUUCCUUCUUUUCUCGAAGAAUACGCAAAUAUUUGAAACAUGAAACAACACGAAAAAUCUCUUGCAAUAUAUAAGUUAAGGCGAGCCGGCAAAACGGCAACGGAAAAGAAGAUACACACAAAAGUGUUGGAAAAAUCAUCAAAAAACAUGAACGUGGAAGAGGAAAAAAAGUGCUAGAAUGUAGAGUUUUUUUUACUUUUAUUUUUUAAUUUAAUAUAUUUUCCCCUCCCAGACAAACACUGAACGAAUGAACAAGCAAACUAUUUAAACUAGACGGUAGCGAAAAAAACACAUAAAAAGUAAAGUAAACUUGCAGUAGAAUCAAUUAGUGACCAAGCUAAUAUGUUUAGCUGAAAAGACAUGACCGCUUCGAUACAUCACAAUCACACUCUUAAUCAACAAUCGCAAAACCGCAAUCUGCUUUUACGAUUGACUUAUCUGGUUUAAAGUGUAAAGAGAGAGUAGUAGGUGGAAAUCCCAAAAAAAA